CUCCCUUUACCCCUGAAAUUAUCGAUCCCAAGCCACAAGCCACAAGCCAUCCGUCUUGCCAUGGCGUUGGUGGCACAGGGGCCGGACCUCGAGGAGAUCUACAACCACAUUGCGAGCAGCAAUGGCGGAAUCACAGUCGAGGAGCUGGCCGCGGCAGGCAGCUGGGACAAGACCCAGUGCACCAUCCUGGCCAACAAGCUGCUGACCCAGUCGCGGCUGGAGAUCAUCCAGGCGGGGGACAAGCUGCUGCUCCGCGCGGUGGCGCCGCAGCUGGCGGCGAAGCUCAGCCGCCUGGACGACCACAUGAGGCAGGUCUAUUUGCAGAUCGAGAAGGCUGGGGACAAAGGUGCCUGGAGCAAAAGUUUGAAGGAUCAGACCAAGCUGCAGCAGCACACCAUCACCAAGGCCACCAAAGAGCUCAUCAAGCUUCAGCUCAUCAAGGAGGUGAAGUCUGUCCACAACCGAAAUCGGAAAGUCUUUAUGCUGAUCGACCUGGAGCCGAGUCGAGAGAUCUCCGGAGGCACAUGGUACAAGGACGGGGAGUUCAAUUCUUCCUGGGUGGAGAUUCUGCGGGAGCACUGCAAGACCUGUCUGGACAAGAAUCCCUCGCGCCCCGUGUCCCUGUCGGACCUCCAUCGCUACGUUAUGCAGCACCCCGGGCCACAAGUGCCCACGGAGGAGGACGUCCUCUCCAUCAUGAAGACUUUGGAGUUGGAUGAGGACGUCACCUCAACUGCCAGCGCUGACGGCUCCAAGUGCUUUAUGAAGAGACAGACAGGUUCCUUGAACCGUCCCUUCGACCUCUUCAGCGCACGCCUGCCCAACUUCCUGUCGCCCAUGGAGGACUCACCUGGGCAGAUGCUGGUGCCCUGCCUUUGCUGCCAUUUGCGGAACGAUUGCAAGGCCGGCGGCCGCAUUUGCCCAGAGAAGUGCGAGUACCUGACCAGGUGGCUUCAACGAGAAGAGCCCAGCACGCCUCAGGACACGGUGAUGGAUUGGUAGCGAUCGGCGUU